AUGUUCCAGCCACAGCUGCACGUUCAUUCCAUGCUCUCCUUACUAUCAUCCUCCUCCUUGUCCCUCAAUCUCGAGUAUUUUCCUCCUCUCCCUGCGUCAGCUCCCCCCCCUGCUUCCAGCAGUGCUCUCUUCCCGGGAGCCAUAGCAGGGAUAGUGGUGGCGGCACUCAUCGCCCUUAUUGCCGUCGCCCUCCUCCUCUGGUUCCUCCUCCGCCCAUCUGAACCCGCAUGCAAGCAUUACUCCCUGGCGGACAUCAAGCAGGCAACCAACUUUUUCUCGGAGCGCACCACCAUGCUCUCCACCGACUUCACGCAGAAGGUGGAUGACUUCAUCCACCAACUUCAGGAGGUGGGUGGGGGUUUAGGGUUUAGGUUUUAG